AUGGAUCAUAAUAACACUGUUAGUGAGUUCAUCAUGUUGGGAUUCACAACAGAUCCUGUGAUGCAGAAGGUCCUGUUUGCAGUGUUUCUUAUUGUGUACACAUUGACUUUGAUAGGAAAUUGUUCCCUCAUUAUGUUAAUCUGCAAUGACUCCAGGCUCCACACAACCAUGUAUUUCUUCAUUGGAAACCUAUCAUUCCUGGACCUUGGAUUGUCUUCUGUCUACACACCUAAGAUCCUAGGAACCUGCAUCUCUGAAGACAAGAGCAUCUCCUUCGCUGGUUGCGUGACUCAGUUCUUCUUCUCAGCUGCACUGGACUAUACCGAGUGUUACCUUUUGGCUGCCAUGGCUUAUGACCGCUAUGUGGCUAUCUCAAAGCCACUGCUUUACUCACAAGCCAUGUCUUUAAAGCUGUGUGUGUUUUUUGUGGCAGCCUCAUAUCUGGGUGGUUUCAUUAACUCUGUGAUCAUCACCAAAGACACAUUUGCCUUGACUUUCUGCAGUGACAAUGUGAUUGAUGACUUUUUCUGUGAUAUCCCACCUCUGGUGAAGCUCGCCUGUGGCAAGAAGGACAGCUUUCAGUCUGUGUUAUUCUUCCUCUUGACUUCCAAUGUCAUCAUCCCCAUUGUGUUCAUCCUGGCCACCUACCUCUUCAUCAUUGCCACUAUUUUGAGGAUCCGCUCCACCAGGGGCCUCAAGGCUUUCUCCACCUGCUCCCACCUUAUUUCUGUGACCUUGUACUAUGGCUCCAUUCUCUACAUCUAUGCUCGGCCCCGGUCCAGCUACUCUUUAGAUAGAGACAAAAUUGUUUCAACCUUUUACACAGUGGUUUUCCCCAUGUUGAAUCCCCUGAUCUAUAGUCUGAGGAAUAAGGAUGUGAAAGAGGCCCUGAAUAAAUUGUUCAAAUAA